UUCAGCUGAUGAAGAGGUUCCAGAAGCACCUUCACAUCCCCUGGUGAUGACAUCCAAGAUAGACCCCCGGGAAAUACCUGAAGUGCCAACAAACAGGUUCCUUAUGAGAGGUGGACGUGACCAGGAUAGGGAUAGGAAUGACUAUAGGAGGGAUAGAGACAGGACCCGUUACCGUGAGAGGGAACGCCACACGUACACCCGCAGUGGCAGGAUCAUAAAAGGACGCGGAGUGUUUCGCUACCGCACGCCGUCCCGCUCUCGCUCGCGCGAGCGCUCCGCCACGCCGCCGCACUGGCGCCAGGCGCAGCGCCGCGUAGUACAACUACCCCGCGCCCAGCCAAUGGACCGGGAGUUUGUUGACCAAAAUAAACCAAAAAGUACAGUCGCGCAACAGCACAGCAGAGAAGGUGAGGAAGGGACUCCAGAAAGACCGCGGGGGGACAAAGAGGAGGGAGAGUGUGACUCUACUUUGGAUCAAUCACGUCAUGAGAAAGUUGACUAUAACGCGCUGGACUUCGAAGAAGACAUUGAGCACGACGAGCGCGCGGCGGGCCGGCCGCGGCCGCUGGCGGGCGCCGAGCGCGCCGAGCUGCUGGCGCGCGCGCUGGGCGUCAACCCGAAGCGCGGCACUUCACCGUCCGAUCGGCCGUACUACGACCGUGCGGGGCGUGAGGGGCGUGAGGGGCGGGUACUACGCGAGGGGCGCCGCCCCGGGCCGCAGUCCGCGGUCGUGGCGGCCCCGGCCGUGUCUCACGUGUCCCACGUGUCGCACGAGCCGGCCUCGCACGGCGAGUACGACCCCUUCAGCCUACUGCGCAGCCAGUUCACUAAGAACAAGGAGCGGCCCAGGAAAGACGACCGUCCAGACAGAUUCGACAAGCACAGAGACACACAACGUGACAAACACAGAAGCGAAAGGGAAAAACACGAACAAGAGGACAAAGGCAAGAAUUCUAACAAAACUGAACAAAGAGAUGAAAAACAUGAAAGCGAAAAAUCCGCUGAGAAGGAAAAAUACAAAGGCAGAGAUCGUCGCGAGGCGUCCAAAGAUAAUGCUAAAGAUGUAUCUUCAGAUAGACACAAGGAUAAACGUGAUAGAUCGAAAGAGAGGCACGGGUCUAAGCAGAGGAGUGAUAGGCGAGCGAAGGAAGAUAGGAGAGAGAGAUCGAGGGAGAAAGACAGCAGUAGAGAUGAGAGGAAGAAGGAUAAGGACAGGAAAGGUCAUUCCAAUAAUAAGGAUAGAUCCAAAUCACCGUCACUCGAACACAAGCAGUCUGAGCCCAAGUCCGCUGAUGAUGAAAAGAAAAAGGCGGAGCGCGACGAGGCCCGCAAGGAGCUGCUGGAGAUCGUGCGCCUCAUCAAGUCGCGCCAGCGCCAGCGCGAGGCGCAAUCGAAGAAGAAGCCGCGCUCGUCCAGUUCGUCGUCGUCGUCGUCGUCGCGAGGCGCGAGACGUCGCAGUCGCAGCAGAGAGGCGCGUUCCCGCAGUUCGAGAGCGAAACGUGACCGCCGGACGUCUUCUUCUAACUGAAGUAACAAGGCCUACACCGAAUACCUUUAGUUUAUCCAUUCUAUUUUCAAUACAAAUAAAUUCAUACAAUUACUUGAA